AAUUCGCGUUCGGGAGUCUCGUCAAGUCAAUGAAGACCAACGAAGUAUGGGCAGCAUUGGCAGAUACAUUGGUGGAAAUAUGGGAUACAUGGGCAAUGGUUCAAUGGGCAUUGAAUAUCCAUAUGAGAAUAACUCCAAUCACUAUCAAUUGUGGAAGCCUCCGAGUGGGUAUUUCCCACGCGGAGAGGCUCCUCCGCCGUACGAGGAAGCUGUGGCAAUGAAUAUGCAAAAUUCCUGCACUGUCAGUGUAGCUACAACAACCCACCGAACAGUGCCAAUUAACAUCUGCCCAGGCGACAGUGCCAGUGAAAAUGCCCCAUCGAACAUCACAACUAACACGACUAAUCUCAUUAAUAUCAAUAUUAACAAUGCCGGAAGUAUAACAGCUGUGGCAGCUGGUGAAAAUCAUCAGAUUAACAAUUCCAUCUCAGCCAUUCAAAAUAAUAGCACUUCCAAUGCACUAACUGCAAGUGGUCAGGCUGGUCAGGUGCAGCCGAGAUCCACACAGACCCAAUUCAAUUGCACUUCAGCGGCUUGUAUGGUUGAAAAUGGGGGAAAUGUGACUAACACUUCGUCUGCUGUUUGUUCAUAUAUGGCAUCGUCGCAAGAGCCAAAGAAUAUUGGGCAAUGUGGAGUAGAUUCGAAUACGGCUGGGGGUCAGAUUUGUUUGAGAUCGCCCUGCAAUGGACGUUCAAUUGCUGCUACAGAGAUUGAGACUCCAAGUGUACAGGAUAAACCGACAGGAAGUUCAGAAGUGGAGGCUGAAUUGAAGCCAACACCAAUUUUGCCGCCACCUCUUUUUGACGGUAGCAAAUCCCUAACGAGGGACUACAACAGUGGCUCUAAGACGCCAUCCACUUAUCGAAGGUACCAUCGGACAAUCCCACGGCACUUUACAACCAGUGACGGUGCUAAAGUGGACAAGAAAACCUGUCAGUGUCCCAUUCAGCAUGUGCCAAUGACCUAUAUGGGAGCUAGUCAUCUCAAUUCUGUGCCACAGAGUAUGUUUCUCACGGGGUUGCCCACGAAAUUGAUCAGCAGCAGGAAUAAGAUGAAGGUGAAGACUGAAGAAGGAGGUACACAAGCCAACAAUUUGGAAGCCAAUUCGGCAAAUUGUACAAAUAGUUUGAAGCGUGGGAGAUCUCCGAGUUCAGCAAAAGCAGAAACCAAUCCUGCUGUUAGUCCAGGAAAUGCCAGUACUCCAUCAAGUACUUCUUCUUCUUCACACAAAAUUCCCACAAUCUCCAAGUACGUUCUGAAUUCGGAGAUGAACAAGGCCACUACUGAAGUUGAACUGCAUCACACGAAUUCCCUGCCACAGACACCAAAUCAGGCCCAUCCGCGUCAUGUUCAAUCCAUCCUGAAAAAUGCUACAACUCCGUGUGGAAAAAGUGGACCAGCAGCACUGACCAAAGAAGUAGAUACUCCGCCAUUUCCAAUCCAAUUGAUUCAGCAAGAACCAAAUCCGGCAUUGCCGCCAAAGAUGAAUCGAAGUAGUCAGAGAUACCAUGUUGUCAGUGCAGUUCCAAAAAUUCAGACCAUCACCAAAGCUGGUGGCACAACAUCGGCAGCUCACUAUGUGCCCCGGAUGAUUCCUUAUAGUGCCACAGCUAACAGUCAGUACUGCAAAUCUCUGCCACGCAAUGAAGAAGCUCUGAAGAGUAUGCAAGCUUUUGUCUUCGAUGCCCGAAUGGCUGAAAAAUCUCACAGUAUGCACAAAAUUCAUCAGCCAACAACGACCAUAGUCUAUGGAUUCCCACCAGCUGUCAAUCACAUCACUUAUUCCCUCCCGAAGACUUCUACGGCUAGUUUUUGUGGGAAAUCCGGCACAAGAUGUUCAAUCUCGGAAGUUGUGAGUAAAGUCCCAUCCGUCAUCAAUAUUCCAUCGCCCACGACAAAUGCUGGAGGAACUCAGGGACAGAGUUACCAGCAGGCACAGAGGCAGCAGCAACAACAUGGUCCCGGGAGGACCAAUGCAGUGCAUCGAAAUGAAGAGAAACCCCUGCCAGUUUGUACCACAUCGAAGAACUGCUCAAAUCCCAAGGAGCACUUUUUGCCCAAUGACACAAGUCUCGAUGAUGACUACCUGAGUGAAUGUGAAAAUUGUAAAUCGGCCCAUGGAUCGAGGUACUAUUUGGAUGUGGAGACGGAAGAAUCGCCCCAGGAAACGAUGACGCUGCAGAGGAAGAUGCCGGACAAUGAAGAGGAUCAGCCCUAUUAUCGAGCUUCACUGACGCUACCUACCAAUACCAAACAAAAAACAACAUCACUGAAAAACAGUCGAGAGACUUGGUUCAGCUCCAUUCCAGGGAGUUCAUCGUCUGAUGACGAAGCGUGUGAAUGAGAUUUAAGCAAUCUUAUUUAAUUUAAUAACACCAUCAAUUAAAUUAAAUAAGGCAUUCUUCUUUUUAAAAGCGUAAACGAUCUAAAAAAAAUAAUCUGAGGAAAUUUAUCAGUAUAUAAAUUAACUUUUAGGAUAAAUUGCAACAUUACUCGAAUAAUAACUUCUCGUUCUUCAAUGUUAUUGCAAAGACAACAAUGCAAACGAAAGCAUUUUAGGUUUAAAAGGAAACAAAAAGAUAAAGAAAUCGUAAUCUAAUAUCUUUCAUGAAUUAAUCCACCGAAUUUUACGUCCUCCUCAAAUGAUGAUUAUAUUUCAAAAAUAUAUUCGUCUUUGUUUUUUUUUAUAAUAUAAUUUCUAUUGGUAGUUAUAUUAUUAAUCGUGGUUGUUGUGAAAUCUUUUCAAAUGAUGUGUGAAGAUAUAAAAAGAAAAUGAUACCAAAAAAAAAUGAUAAAAUAGUGUAUAUUUCUGAUAAUUGUAGGAUGUUAAGAAGGUAAAAGUUGGGAAGAAUUUUAGGAACAAAAAAUAUAUAUAAAUAAAAAGAUAUCUCGUGAACAGUUUAGUCCGUUUAGUAAUAUUCUUGAUCAUUAGUAAAAAAAACAAAAACAGAAAAUAAAAACUGAAGAAGUGUUUAGAAAAAUUGAACAAAAUAACAAUGUAGGGAAUAUCAAUAAAAAUUUUUCGUCUCUAUAAAAUGGUUAAUUAGAAAGAAAACUAUAAGAAAUACAUGAGGAAUUAGUGAAGAUAUUACAACCAAAUAUUAAUGACAUACAAAUUUAAUGUUUAAAAGUAUAAUCAGUGUAAACUUGUUACUCUUACCGUGAAAAAAAACAAUCAAUUCAGAAAUAUGACUUUGAGACAUGAGUUUGGAAACAAGAGUAAAGAGGGGGAGAGAGAAAUAAGUAAAUUACGAAUAAUUAUGAAUUAAUGUGUCAUUUAUUCAAAAUAAUUGUAAUAGUAAACUUUAAAAAUAGGAGACAAAUUAAUAGUAUUCAUCAACGCAGUAUUAUCUAUCGAUAUUUGAAUUUAAGAGACAAAGAAAAAAAAGAAAAGAAACGUGUAGUUGUUCUUCAAAAUACUUAAAUUAAUCUCUCGCUCAACAAGAAUAAUACUUGCCAAAGCCAAACCAAAGUGUUGAAUUCUAAUCUAUCAAGAAAAAAAAGUUGAAAGGAAAAACUUGAGUUUUUUUUACGUAACAAAAAAAUUUCUUCAUCUCUUGUUACUAAAUCGUAAAAAGAUUGAUUAUAUCAACUUAGAAAAUAUGCCGUAAAUUACUAAAAAAAAAAAUAAUGUGAUUUUUUGGCCUAUAUCUCAACUUUUUUUCACUAAUUUCUUUUUACUUCGUUAACUACUUACGUAACUAAUAAAUUGACAUAAUAAAUAUAUUAACAUUAUACAUGUAUUAUUGUAAUUAAAUUAAAAAAAAAGUAUAAUGUGCUCUAUAAAAAAGGAAACAAAAA